AUGAUCAUCACACGUCGCAACGCACUUAAACUGGGUAUCACGGCUUUUCUGACAAGCCUCGCGAGCAACGCAACUGCGCGUAAACUGACCGGUACCAAAGUGGUCGUGAUAGGCGCGGGCCUUGCGGGACUUGCGGCGGCAAAACAACUGCAGGAGCGGGGUGCCGAAGUCAUUGUGCUGGAGGCCGGCGAUUAUGUGGGCGGCCGCAUCCGCACCGACAUGUCCCUGGGCGCUCCAUUUGAAUUCGGGGCCGGGUGGAUACAUGGGCCAAGCCAACAUAAUCCGGUAAAACAACUUGCUGAUGCCCUUGAUGUCGGCACUUUCGUAACGGACGACGACAACCUCGAGGUGUUCGACCUGUCUGGACGACCGCUGACCGAUGCAGAAUACGUUCGCCUCGAUGACAUGUACGAUCAUCUGGAAACGGUGCUUUAUUCUCCAGCUCGCUCGGAAACGCGCAGUGUCCAUGAUCUGCUCCGGGAGAUCGAACCUGAUAUCCUGACUGACCCACUUGGGAUUUGGGCCCUUUCGACGUUUUUCGAAUUCGAUAUCGGCGCCGGGAUUGAAGACAUUUCUGCGCGAAACGGCUUUGCAUCGGAUACGUUUGAUGGUGCGGAUGUAAUUUUGACCGAAGGUUAUGACCAGGUUUUCGCGCCGCUGGCGGCUAACCUGGAUAUUCGCCUGAACACGCCGGUCUCGCGCGUUUACUACGAUAGAAGCGGGGUUGAGGUUGACGGGCUGCAGGCAGAUUACGUUGUUUGUGCGGUGCCGCUGGGCAUUUUGAAAACGAGCGACAUUGUUUUCGAACCCUCUCUGCCGGAAGACGUUCAGAAGUCGAUCGACCGGAUCGGUUUUGGUAGUGUCACGAAAAUUGCUCUGAAGUUUGAAACGCCGUUCUGGGAUACCGAAACCCAGUAUUUCGGGGUUAUGACAGAGCCCAGGGGACGUUGGAACUAUUGGCUGAACUACCGAACGUUCAGUGACGAGAAUAUCCUGCUUGGUUUGUCAUUCGGCAGGUAUGCUCCAAUUGCCGACAAUAUGAGCAAGGAGGUCAUGACCAGGGACGCGCUGGCGGUCCUUCGCUCGGUUUGGGGCGAUGAAGUUACUUCACCGCAAUCGGUGCUCACCACCCACUGGUCAAAGGAACCACAUUUUCUCGGCGCCUAUACCUUCCCGCGAACGGGUGGCUCUGUUGCAGACUUCACAAGGUUGGAAGCCCCGAUUUCAGGUCGAUUGUUCAUGGCGGGUGAGCACACGAAUUUUGACUAUCACGGCACGACGCACGGAGCCUUGAUGUCAGGUCGCAGGGCCGCAAGCGACAUAUUGAAAGCCUGA